GAUGAUGCACCAGCCAUGCUUGAUACAAAUGCAAGUUUUGUUGCAUUUUGCAGAAAUGAUCCUGAUUUCCUCUUUGUCAAUAACUGCUGUAUAAUCCACCAGCAAGCAAAGCAAGAAGGAUCCCUUUGUGCUCAGCAUUGCCUCAACAAUUUGUUGCAGGGAGAGUACUUCAGCCCUAUAGACCUCUCUACAAUUGCGCAACAGUUGGAUGAAGAAGAGCGAGAAAGAAUGGCAGAGGGAGGAACUGGUACAGAAGAAUACAGAAUAUUUUUACAGCAACCUUCAGGGAACAUGGAUGAUAGUGGAUUCUUUUCAAUUCAAGUGAUUAGUACUGCCUUGAGUGUAUGGGGUUUAGAGAUUACCCUCUUCAACAGUCCAGAAUAUCAACGGUUAAAGAUUGAUCCAGUAAUUGAAAGAGCAUUUAUUUGCAACUACAAAGAACAUUGGUUUACAGUACGAAAAUUAGGAAAGCAGUGGUUUAACUUGAAUUCUUUAUUGACGGGACCAGAGUUGAUCUCCGACACUUACCUUGCCCUCUUCUUGGCACAAUUACAACAAGAAGGUUAUUCGAUAUUUGUAGUAAGAGGAGAACUGCCAGAAUGUGACGCUGAUGAGAUACUCAAAAGCUUGAGAGUGGUGCAACAAGACAGGCCAAAGCUAAUUGGAGAGGAUGCAAAUCAGCGAACAGAAAUCGGUCAGAGGGUACACAGCAAUGACUGGGAACGAGCUAUUGAUAUGUCUAAAUCAAUUACAAAUGUUCUGGAUGAAGAUGAUGAAAAUCUGCAGAGGGCAUUGACCUUAAGCCGCCAACACAUGGAGACAGAAGAUGAAGAAGCUGAUCUACGAAGAGCAAUUCAUCUCAGCAUGCAAGGUUUUAAGCAAGGGACGGAAAAUUCUGAAGUGUCUUCAUCUUGGAAUGACGUUGCACAAUCUUCAAGAGCCAAUCAAACGGAAACUCCUACAGCAGAGGAGCUACGAAGACAUAGACAAGCGUACUUUGAGAGAAAACAGCGAGUACAACCAGAAGGUUCAGAUCAAUCAGAAAAACAAAGUUGUUCAAUACUGAAGACAAAUUCAGCUGGCAUGACUGAACAAGAACUGCCUCAAGCAGAUGGGCUGAAGUCGUUAGAAGCUGGUGCCAAUGAUGAUUCAAAAGGGGAAGGAAGUUAAUGUGAAAACUAAAUACCAGCAAUAACUGUUUCCCAUUGCUGAUCCAUAUGUGCAGCAUUCCACCUAUACUUCAGCCACAAAGACAAAUAUAUGUGUUUUCACAGAGAGCAAAAGGUUAUUUUCACUCUUAAUGCAAAGAACUUUUGUGGUUGUCUUGUGGGAUAAUUUGUAGUUAAAAGAAAAUGCAAGAUUUCCUGUUUCUUAACUUCAAUUGCAGCACCUUAUCUUCUGAAAAACCCUCUUCAUGCACAACCUAAUUAAGAAAAUUCCAGGGAAGAAAUUCAAGAUUUCGUAACCAAUUAAAAAAACGUUUUUGGUAUUUUCUGAUCUACCAAUGAUAGGACCUAAGAAGGCAAAUACUAAAGUGUUUACUUUUUGAAAACAUACUUUAACUCUCUUAACUAUAGCUUAUAUUCAAAUCAGGUUCAAUUUAAACAUUGAACGUGUCAAGAGAGAUGAUAUGCAGCAAGCAUUUGAGCUUUGUGGCAUUUGUGACGCUUGAAAGUUUGUAGAUCUGUUUUUAUCUUUGAAUUUUGACCUUGUCUUCAUGUUUAAUUGUUCUAACACAAAGUUCCUGUUAUGCUGAAUGUGUAUUGCAGAGCCAUGCAGAUUUUUGCUUUUAAAGUCUUUUGUACUUGAACCUGUUCCCUUCGUUUUGAGAAGAUCAUACCAGGGAACAUAAAUGUAUAAAAUGGAGUUCCAAGAAUUAGGGAAAAUUACACUUGAGUAGUCUGUGAUAGGUCAGCUUGAUCUUUUAAAGCAAAAAGCGGGUUCAUAUCAGAAUUUUCACUGGGAAAUGUAAAGGAGUAAAUGGGAGCUGUGUGUACUUUACAGAUUGUUUGUUGUAUUCCUGAUUACAUAAUAUAAACAAAGUCAAAAUUGCUGUGUAUUGAGAUUUUUUGUUGCUUACACUACAUAGUAAUGUCUUUAUGAAGUUAAUGAGUUAGGAUGGGCCAAGUUUAAAAACAGGAUAACCUGCCUUUUCUUUGGCAUGCUUUAAAAGUCUUAAUCUUCAGAUUAAAGUGGUUAUCUGUCCAAAGCUCAAACAUAGGCCUUCUGUGUAAUACUGUAGUUCCUGCAGCUUAGUACAGGACCAACCAGUCAGGGUUCCAAGCCUGCUAUGGCAGGUUUUAAAGUUUCAGUCAAUAAGUCAGAUAAGAAGUGAGAAUGAAGAAUGAUGGAUAGGGUGAAUAGCCAAGGUCUUUUUCCUAGGUUGGAGGAGUCAAAAACUAGAGGAUAUAGGUUUAAGCUCA